AUGAAAGCCUUCGUGAACAUCAUGAUUUCUUAUAAUCUGACCCAUUUUGUUCUUGCUGGCUUUACACUUAAUCCUGCCCUGAAAAUUUGUGUAGUUACUUCUCUGAUUCCUAUUUACAUUCUAUCGCUUAUGGGAAACCUAUUGACCAUCAUAACCAUAAGUAUAGAUCAGAAUCUACAAGCGCCAAUGUACUUAUUCCUAAGAAUCCUCGCAACUCUGGACAUUCUUUUUAUUUCAUCUACAGUUCCUAAACUUGUGUCUAUCCUCAUGAGUUCUGAUGAUGCUAUCAGUAUAAAUGGCUGUCUUCUACAGUUAUACUUCUAUGUCUCUGCAGGUGGAACAGAGUUUUAUAUUUUGGGACUUCUGUCAAUUGACAGGUACAUUGCAAUCUGUCAUCCCUUGCGAUAUACCUUGGUUAUGAGUAGCCAAGUCUGCUGGAGACUUAUCAUUAGCUUUCUGACAUUUGGGUUCUUGGAGUUUAUCCCAGCCAUUCAUUCCAUGUCUCGCUUACAAUGGUGCAGUGGAAACAAUGUUAUAGAUCACUUCUUCUGUGACGGUUCUGCACUUUUACAUUUAUCCUGCUCUGAUACUUACAAUAUUGAAAUAAUGUUUUUUUACUUUGCUUGUUUUGCUAUUUUAAGUUCACUUAUACCAACAAUAUCUUCUUACUGUUUCAUAAUUUCAACCAUAUUACGUAUCCCAUCAUCUUCUGGCAGAAAGAAGACAUUCUCCACUUGUUCUUCACACUUUAUUGCUGUGUUAUUUGCAUAUGGAAGUUGCAUAGUUAUUUAUGUCACUCCUUCAGGAGCUGCACCUUUUAGCAUUGGAAAGAGUGUGGCCAUUUUCAACAGUAUAUUAUGUCCAUUCCUACAUCCAUUUAUUUAUAGCUUGAGGAAUAAAGCGGUUAUGACCAGCUUAAGACAUAUGAUUGGGAUAGAAAUUUCAAUAAAAUAA